AUGCUGCUGAGGCAGAGGGUGCGCGGCGCGGCCUUCGGCGACUGGCGGUGCUUCCUGGCUCUGCUGUGGUCGCCCACCGCUCCAGACGUUGGCCUCUUCGCCGACCGCAGGUACCACUACGAGCUGUGGCACCGCGAGGUCCAGCUUGACCGGGCGAUCGGCUUUGUCGGGUGGGCCGUUCUCUUCCUCGCGGGCGUGUGCUACCAGUUGGGAUGCUUCCGCCGCAGGGGCGCCAGGACUUGCGUCGAGGUGGCAGCGCCGGGCGCGGACUCCGACUCCUUGGCCGCACCUCUGAUGGCCCCCGCGUCUCCCUGA